AUGCAUUUCAACAACAAGAUCUCCGUCGCUCUGUUGGCCGCUCUGGCUGCUGGUUCUGAGGCCAGCCAUGCCCGCAACCACAAGCUCUUCCAUGCCCGGAACGUCAACUCGACUGUGUCCACCUCGUCGGUGUUUGUCUAUCCAACCCCAAUCUUGACCCCCAGCUCCUCCGUGCCCGCUGGUUCUUCCCCUGUUGCUUCUUCUUCGGCUGCGGGAUCUUCCUCCGUCGUCACCUCGACCUCGGAUGCCAGCUCGUCGGUCAUUACCCAGGCCCCCCCUCUCGGUACCGGUGUCCCUGGAUCCUCUGACGCUGGUGAUGACAACUCUGGAUCGGCCACUGAUAUCACCAUCACCUAUACCCUCGGUACUGGUGCUUCUAAGAGUGUUGUCACGACUACUAUCCACAAGACCGCUACUAACACCGAAACCGUCUACGCUACCCCCGCUGCGCCUUCUGCCGGUAGUGAGGAGCAGACCACUACUCUUCACUCCACCGCUACUUCUACCGUCACCGUGGUAGAGGUUCCCUCUUCUUCUGCUGCCUCUGGCAACGCUGGCAACGGCGGCAGCGAGGCUUGCACCGGACAGGCCACCGUCACCGUUACUGCCACUGUCACUGAAACCGUCACUGGGGCCCCUAGCGCUACUGCUAAGCCUGGUGAUGACUACACCAAGCCCCAUGACCAGGACCACCAGAAGAACCCCGGAAACUCCGGAAACCCUGGCAAGAACAACGGUAACAACGAUGAGGACGAGGAUGAGAAUGACCAGGGCGAGAAUGACAACAACGACGGCGCUGAGAGCACCAAGGCUCCUCUCCCCGUCCCUACUCACACUGGACGUCCUCCCUUCGGCAACGGCACCCUCCCUAUUCCUACCAGCGGUGUCGCCAAGCCCACUGGCUUCUUGACCAGCAGCAAGCACGCUUUCCCCACCAACUUCCGCCGUUCCCACUAA